UGGGGGAUCGCUGAGUCAUCUGCUGGUCAACUACUGGCCAACCACGUGCCUGCUAUUUUUAUCGCGUCCUUUUCAGGUUCACCUGGGCACACUUGUGAUAGCCCCCGGCAGGCUCCGAUCGAGUCUCUCUUGGCUUGUCCAUCACUCCACGUCGCCAAACGUUUGGUGCUGCCUUGUCACCAUUUUGCCCUCGCUAUCGUGGCCUUCAUCGCUCCUUUUGAUUCUGUGUCAGGUUGUAUUAGCGCGUCUGAACCUCUGCGGGGGUCGCUGUUUCGCUUCAGCUAGGCUGAGAUCGAGAACCAAUAAACAACUGUCGUUCAAUCCUCGCCUGCUUGGGCGAGAUCUCCGUUGCAGCGGCACAGCCACCAGCCCAAGUCGCUAGCGACACUUCUGUUGGCAUUUAGAAGGACCAGUUUCCCCCCUAAACUUUCCUUCUUUAAGACCACAGGGAAGAUCAUGAAUACGCGCAAUUGAUCUGGAUAUGCCUUUGUUUGAUGCGAUGAGUCUUGACUGAAUAUGGAGGAGGAUGUUCGGCCCCCACAGCAUGAGCGGCUUGGUGUUGACGGCGAGUCGCUCCUCGAGCAGGAGCCCAUUCAACAUCCCCAAGUGCCGGUGCCACUAAAGACGGCUCUAGCACCGGCUGCACCUCAAGCCAGCCAGCAUACUUCGGCAAACCCAUUCGGUCGUUUACCCCGGACUGUUAUUGAGCACAUUCUUUAUGUAGCAGAUGCAAGUACAUUCGCAUGCUUGGCAUUAUUGAACAGAAAAUGGCGGCGAAUAUCUGACUCGUCUCUGCUGUAUGCCCACCACUUGUCACGCUGUCCCUCCUUCGCCCUGUCAUGCAAAGCUACCGAAGAGAGCCCAAGACAGCCUGACGAUCUUGUUCGUCUCAAGCGGCAAUUCUUCUCUGAGAUUAGGCGCAAUGGGUUUGAUGUUUUCUUUCGGCCCCAUCAUACUUUGGUCAAACUCAUCUCAACGUCUAUGAGCUCUUCCACAGCAUUCCCGCAUGGGGAGGCUUUUCGUUUUGCAUUUUCACAGAAUGCCCAACUUAUCCUUUGUAUCAGCUCAUCGCGAAUUGUCGUUCUGGAUGUGACAUCAGAGCCGCCUGUGGUAAGGCAUGAACUCAAAACGUGGAGACGCCCGUUGCACGCCACUAUCCUCGACGACGGAUCGCUUCUUGCCGUGGCAUCUUCAACUCAUCAGGUUAAUAUCUACAGACUUUUCGACACAGAAGCCCAACUCAUCCAGAAUCUCAAAUUGACUGACGUUCCCCGGGCUUUGGCGUUUUCCCCAACUGGAGGUGUCCUGGCUAUUGCGUACAAUGCUAUGAUUGAGGUAUACGCCGUCGGCGAGGGAGCAGCAGUAACGGAACGAAGAGCUGUGCGCUGCGCAGGGGUUGACUCGAUCUCCUUUUCGUCGGAUGGCGUGACUUUGCUGGGUUCUUCAGAUAACUCUCAAACAGGUAAUCUGGUUACGAUCACCGUGCCUUUGUUUGGAGAACAAGAUGCCGACAUUUCUGUCAAGGAUGUUCAGAUUCAGAUGUGGACCACUCAAAUACUAUUCCCGGAUACUGUCCGCAAUUACAGCCACGCUUGUCUGCUUCCCUUGCACACCGAGGGCGAAGGGAGCUGGAUCUUGGCCUUCGACAACCAAUUGGGAGUGUACAGAGCUAUUGGGGCCAGUAACAGCAGUUCCGGUACGACAUAUUUUGUGAGUCCGAGGUCCGAGGAUGACCUCAAAGAGCAUCCCCCGAUGAUGCUGGCUUCUUCAGACUGCCAAGGGGAGCUUGUUGCUCUGGGAUUUCAAAAUUCUGGAAUUUGGGUAUAUGGUUUGCCUGACCGUCUUGAUAUUGCUCCUGUGGCGCAGAACUCGGGCGAUUCCCAGAGCCGGCCUGGGACUGCUCAAACUCGACCGAUCGAAGAUUUGCAAACCAAUAUGAGCCGACUGCAGCACACUAUAACGCGGCCGAAGGUGCUAAUUAAGGGUCAUAAGGUUAUUGAGAUGCCAGGUGUCACUGCUGCUCGCUUUGUGCGGCAUAACCCUUCAGCGGGUGGACAGCGGAGACUGGCUGCCGUGGCUCCUGGUGGAGUUGAUCAUACAAUAUUUGGUGAUGAGGAUGUGCCCUUAGAUGGCGGGAGGGUUUUGCUUCUCGACUUUGCGCGUUCAGUAACGGAUGGGGGUUUGACUGAACUGACCAUUGAGAUUGGGGAAGCAGAGCCUACGUUACUUCGGGAGCCGAAUUCGACUCUAGCCACCGAGGUUGAAUUGGAACGAAGAAGAACUCGCCUACACCGUGGUAACUCGGCCGGGAUGACAGCCAGGGGACCUCGGGAAUCAUAUCCAGCAGCUAGCUCGAGUGCGCGCGGGCGUCCUCGCAGGAACAGUUCUUAUCUCUCUGCAUCCUCAAGCGAAGUAGGGGGCGAGAGUGAGAUAGGUGCUAUCCCAGAUAGCCCUUACGACAACACGCAACCACGAUCGCAAGACACGUUACGGCGUGCUGCCACAGCAGCAGCUGCAAGCCGCCGGCGCGUCGUCAAUGAACCACGUCGUGUGUACCCCAACACGCCUGUUCCUCCAAUUUUCCAGAUUCCCCAUGAAAGCGACGCCGACAACUGGGUUCCUCCCCCUCCCCCAUAUCAACGAGAGCCCGAUGUACCUCUUCCAGAUUUUCUAAGAAGGACACUACUCCCUCCACCACCAGGCCGCGCUCGAGGCGCCAGCAAUGCAGCAGAUUCGAUUCGAAGAUCUCUCACAACCCGCUUUCUGACGGACGCUUCGUCUCGGCCCUCUCUGCACAGACUGAAUACUGUCACUGGGCCAAGCCUGGCCUCCCGCAUGAGACGACAGACCAGAGAACCUUCGCCUCCUGAUAACGCGCGGAGACACGCUAGUUUUCUACGAAGGAGGGAUACCCCUGAUACCCAGAGCCCUCAGACACCUCAGCAACGUAACAAUGUCAAUGGCUCUCCUCAGCAGGCCCGUACUCCCUCCAUGCCUCCGCUUCCAGUGCAGAACACCUCUUUAGCGGUACCGAAUCCGUCAUUGAUACUUCCCAAUAUUCCUGUGAUGGCAGGCCCAUCGCAGAAUCCACUCCCAGCGGCCCAAGUUGAGCCUGUUGGACAGUCACCAAACAGUGAUGAAUUGGACGGCUGGCAACAUGUUAUGCCAUCGGUUCCUAUGACUCCACCUGCCAUGAACAAUUACCUUUUCUCUCUUUCGUCACCGAACCUUAUUCAACCGGAACUCAUCGAGGAAGUUCAAUGCCCUCAAUCACCCGGACGACCCCAUGACCGCACCCAAUCGCAUGAUAUUCGGCCACCAUGGUCAGCAAUAGCCCUUCGGAACCGACGGGCAUCAACCGACCCUACCCACUCGAGCGCGCAAUCUGUUGCACCAGAGCAACAAUGGCGGAGGCGGAUCGAAGAAUGGAACGAGCGCACCAUUUAUGAACGAAAUAAAAAGAGCCGAAGCAAGUGCACCGUGAUGUAAUAUCUACCCCUAGUGGGCUUUAUUCUUCUCUUUCCCUCUUCUCUCGUGCACUUACUUGCCUCCAUUAUUGGCAUAUACCGAUAUUGACCCUUGGAGGGCGAUGAUACCUAAUGUUGAUCAUUUGGAUGGGCUUAUCUUUUUCGCAUAUACCCAUUUGGCCAUUCGUUCGCCUGCCUUGCGGCUUUUCCGUACAGCUUUGGUGGUUGGAUAAGCAUACAAUUUCCUACACAAUCCAUUCAAAAUGUCAUGAGCGUAAGAAGAAGUUGCUGCAAAUUCGCUUAACGGAAGUAUGUCAAACUAUAAAGCAUUGUAGCAUUGUCGACCUUCCCUCUGGUAUCAACACCACAUUUCUUCAUCUCAACAGCCCCCUCCUCCUCCCCCACAUCCACCGCCGCCUCCACCGCCGCCCCCUGAGCAGCCUCCGCCCGACGAUCCCCCGCCUCCACCACUACCACAGCCGGCGCCAGCACUCGAGCCCCCCGAACCCCCAGCACACCCACCACUACAUCCACCCUUCCCACCACAGCCCCCAGCAGCAACGGCGCCACCACAAGUUCCCGAGGCACAGUUCCCAGGAUGCCCAGGGUUCAGAUUCAUGCAGGCCGGAUCCGCAGCAUACACAUCGCAAUGGACACUCGGGUCACAGGUGUAGGGUGCAUAGUAGGGGACGUAGACUGGAUACCCCCACAUAAGCGGGUACGUCGUGUAAAAAUCUCGGUCGCGCUUCUCGGCAUCAUCGUCGUCCUUGCCGUGAUGCUUCUCGUCAAUCGCACCUACUGGGGCUUUGCCGUCUCGAGACGUCCGCUUACCUGCUCGGCGGCGGGCCUUUUCAUACUCGCUGCGGAGUUUCAGAAAUUUCAUAUGGCAGGGGUCGACUCCUGAGGCGGUAUAUGCGACUGCUUGUUUGGUCUUUACGGCGCUGUGCGCGGAGAUAUGUGGGUUUUUAUCAGGGUGCGCAGAGAUAUCUGGGUUGUCGUGCAGGUUGGCGGCUGCGCUGCGAGCCUUUGAGCCGGAGGAGGAGAAGAUGGUGAGUUUGCCCUUGAGGUCGGACCCUCGGGUGGCUUCGCAGUACCAGCAAGUGCACUCAGAGUAAAUGCCACCGUCUGUGAGCUUGCGGUACAUCUUGGUAGUCCACUCGAAGGCGUCGGAGAGUUUCGUCUCGGAGACUUUGUCGUCGUGGUCAAUGAAGAUGGCUCGUUUGCCAUCUUGCUCGGUGCGGUGGGUGGAGUAUUCGAAGUAGCGGGCUGGGGAGAGUUGGUGCGUAUGCCAGGCGAGGUCGACGUCGAGGGUUGGGACAGCCAUGCGGCUAGGAUUGGAGGACAUGAUCUGAAAAAAGACGGCGUAUUUGCGAAUAAGGCGGAGCAUGGUUUUGGAAAGGGUGGGAGAGCGCAGCCAGUCGAUGUUAUCCAUUUUCUGGAUGAAUGUCCCCUGCCGAACGACUGCGCCGACUAGGUCAAGGGCGAAUUGUGAGCUGUUGUCCCAGUAGCGGGACAUCAUGCGUCGAAAGGCAAUCCUUUCGUUUACGUAGAGCGUUGUUUGGGAACUGUUAAGAGCUGUGCGCAUGAUUUGCCGCUCCUGCAUUAGGGCACCGAGGUGAUCCCGUAUCAUGGACACACUGGGGCAAAUCCAGAUGGAAGAAUCCAUGUAAUCGGUGAUAUCGCGCUUUGCAGCUCGAAUCAGUCGAUUGGGGAAAUCUGGUUGCUGUUUCCGUCGUCGGGUUGAGCUGAGACGUUCCGGCACGCCCCAUACGUUCAGAAACGUCCCUGGCAUCGGGAUGUAUCCCUUCACAAGCUCUCUGACAUCUGAUCUGAAUUUCUGAACGCGCAAGGUCUCGUGGGUAAUUCCAAGCCGGCAUCGAGUACAGAAUGUACCGAAAUUUUUAUCCGAGAAACCGCGCCAGUAUUCAAAUGUUUGGUCAAGUGGCGCCGUGAACGUUCCAUCAGUCCAGGGUACAGAGUUUUCGUGGUCGCAACUGGGACAUUCGAAAGUCUUCAUCGGUAAGUCUUGUAGGUUAUCCCAGUUGAGACCAGUAGCCGCAGAAAAAAACGUCUCUGCAGUCUUUCCGGCGUCGAAUACUAGCGUUUGAUCAUUGAUACACUCAUUGAUCGCUUGCCAUGGAAAUCCUCCUGCCCAAAAACUAAUCUUUCCAUAACGAAUGCAGUCCUCAAGGAAAGCCCUAGGGUUGAGCAGGUGCGCAUGCCAAACCAUUAAGACAUCUAGAACAAACGAUGAGCAAUCCACU